AUGUCGGACCCAUACUUGUUUGGUCAGGUCAUAAUGGUAUUUUUGCUUUUUUCAUUAUUUCAUUCACCGCGGGCUUCUGACAAGAAACAAGUUUAUUUUUUGCGCAUUUUUAAGAGUUUUAGUCUCAAGUCAACGGUGAAUGGACUAUGAUUGGAAUGCGUUUUCCCGUUGAAUUUCGAAUUCAGCUCGAUAUGCAAGCGAUCAAAUGCGUCGUCGUCGGCGACGGAGCCGUCGGUAAAACUUGCUUACUUAUCUCCUACACGACUAACGCCUUUCCCGGGGAGUACAUUCCAACAGUAAGUUCCUUUUUUCCAUUAAGAAAGGGUUAAGGUUUUUUAGAACUCAUGAAAAUUCCCAGAAAUAGUUUCAAGUUUCCAUAAGCAAAGCUUUGAAAAGGCGUUCAGAAGUUCUACGAAAAUCAUUCUUCUCUUUAAUUUUCCUAAUAUUCAUCAUUUUUCCUAGUUAAUUCUCAAAUAGGAUGAGUUAGGAAGUUUAUCAGAUGAUUUUUCGGCCUUGCGGACUUUAAAGUUUUGCUAGAAUCUUUUGCAGUAAACGGAAUUCUCAUAUUCUUUGUAGUUUCUUUAGUUUUUUUUUUUCGAAAAGUUCAGAAGAAGUUAAGGACCUCCACUUCAAGCUGAAAACCGUAAAACGAAUGAUUUAAUUAAAAUGAAAGUAUUAGGUUGAUUGAUUUUUCUCUGAUUCAUCAGUUUACCGUUAUUCAUCUUCCCCUUUUUUGCUUUUUUCGUAAAAAAAAAAACAAACAUAUUUUCUUCGUGUAAAUGGCAGGGACUUUCUUGGGAAAGUUGAAGUGGGUCCUAAAGGAAGUGAAUAAGGUCCUGAAGAAUCGAAAAGUACCUUUUCCCGAAUUCCCACCAUCCACUACCUGGAAACUCUCAUGGUGGAUCCUAAACGACCAUUUAGGGGAGCCUAUAGGGGCUCAGAAAAGGGUCCUUUAGUAUACCUCUGUAAGGGGCAUUUUUUUUCUCCCUGCAGGAUUCACUCCAGCUUUUCCCAGUUUUUCAGCAGUUUUGCAAAGAUUCUAUCACUGAUAUUAUUGAUCAGGUGUUCGACAACUAUUCGGCGAACGUGAUGGUCGACGGACGGCCGAUAAACCUCGGCCUCUGGGAUACGGCCGGACAAGAGGACUACGAUCGGUGAGAUUUCGAAAGAAUUAUCCAUUGAUAAUCGAUCGUUUUCAGACUGAGACCUCUGUCCUAUCCGCAGACGGACGUUUUCCUCGUCUGCUUCUCGUUGGUCAACCCCGCCAGCUUUGAAAAUGUUCGGGCGAAAUGGUAAUUCAUUGUAUAGGAAAAUCAAAAAAUGUAUUGCAAAGAAAAUGAAAAACUGGUUUUUAAGAGCUUCAAGAAAGCUUUAAAAGUAUUUUUACAAUUUUAGUAAUUUUUUGAAGAGCAUUUUAAGAAAAUCACCUAGAAAAAGACAAUUACGGGACUUUUUAGUGAUGAUAAACUUGAAAAGAUGCUGAUAUUUGAAAUUUUAAGACAGUGUGUAGAUGAUCUGAGCCAACAAGAAAGGGUCCGACACGAUAAGAAGUAGAGAUAGUGCCUGGUUGGUGGAGAGCGCAGACAGACCAUGCCCCUUCCCAAACUAUCACUAAAUCGGCUAGAGUACAAAUCUAAUUUGAUGGUUUCAGGUACCCGGAAGUGUCGCACCAUUGCCCUCACACACCGAUCAUUUUGGUCGGAACGAAGGCUGAUUUGCGCGAGGACCGCGACACGAUUGAGAGGUUGAAACUUAAUUUUCUGUUUCAGCUGAUUACCGAACUCUUUAUUAUUUGUUCAUUGAUUAUUCUAAAAAUUUGACGAAUGACGGUAGAACAGAGAGAGAAAAAAUCAAAACGGCUUUUUUCCAAGCGUAGAGUGUUCAGAAAAAUGAGGGAAAAAGUUUCACGUAGAACUGAACAAAAACGUCAUUCUGGUCAUUUCACGUAUAUACAUGACUAAAACUCCUAUAGGGGGUACUGAAGCUUGCGAAAGUGGCCACUCUAGGGGGAGGUAAGAGAGUACCUAGAGCAAAACCUUCAAGUGCCCCUAAGGUCCCCCUAUAAGGGCCACUCUGGAGUUUCUGAGUAGUUUAACUGAUGAUCCAUUACCGUCCUAAACUUGCCGUGAGUUAUAUAAUUAGUGACGUCACGGAUUAACGGUCGGAUAUUUAGUGGGGACUUUGAACUUUAUCGCUUACUCAUCGAAGAACAAGGAAAACUGUUUCGAAACGCGAAAAAUUGGAUCUAAAACAGAAUUUAUUGUUCCGGGGCCUCGGUAACGCAUUCCUGACGUACCCUGGUCGUUUCUGAGCAUUUCUAGGUAUCACUUAAGAGUAACUGUAGCCGUUAAAGUUAUCACUAGAAUGCUCAGGGCGCGUCUGGUUUAGGUCCGAGUUAUUUCGAAACGAACUUGAGGAACCGGUGAACUUUUUUUUUUGAAUUUUGAAAUAUUUUUCUUUUUUCCAAUGGGAACGACAUCAGAAUUAUAUAAAUUAAUCGAUUUUAGACUGCGCGAGAGAAGAUUAUCGCCGAUCAGCCAGACGCAGGGCUACGUCAUGGCCAAGGAAAUCAGGGCCGUCAAGUAUUUAGAAUGUUCGGCGCUCACGCAGAAGGGACUCAAGCAGGUGAUUUUCUGGGAAAAAAAAUGACGUUUCAGUGAUUUUUCAGGAUUAAAAAAUGCACCUUUUGUUUAGGAAAUGAGCUUUAAAACUUCCUCAAUAAGGAUUCCUUGAAAAUACUGAAGCCCCUUAAUUUUCAGCCAUAGAAGUACAGAAGCCUCUCAAAAUUUCAUUUCCUAGAAGGCUUUAUGGAAUAGAAAGUUCUUGAAAUAAAAGGAUUUAUGCAAUUUUUUCGUUUUCUGAUGUGAAUUUGAAAUUUUUGAGAUGAUCGUUAGGUCUCCAGAGACCUUGGAAACUUGGAAAAAGAGAUCAUUCUUAUUGACUUUGUCUUUCUUUUCCCUAAAUCUUCUUCUUUUCUCAAAAACCUUUGUUGAAAAUUCUUCCCAAAAGCCCUAUUGAGACCCAUCGCCUAGACAUUUAUGAACCUUUUCCCUUGAGCAGUAUCUUUUUUGUGGCUCCGAUCCCAUUAGAAAUGAUUUUUGAGGUGUUCGACGAGGCGAUCCGCGCUGUCCUGUCGCCUCAGCAAAAGGUGAAGCGAAGCAAAUGCAUCGUUCUCUAG